AUGAAAGGGCAAAGUCAACAGGAUUCCAACGGUCCCCGGGAUGGAGUGAAUGAACACGAAGAUUUUGAUUCGUGGCGUGGACAUCAUCAAGGUUACACUGGGGCAAUGUCAACUUCCAUCAGUGAUGCUGGAUAUAUACCUAACUACUAUGGAACAUCAGCUGCAUUCCCAUACCAAACGGGAUUUCGAGUGGGGGAUGGACCUUGGUCGAAUGGAGAUCCAAUGACAUUCCUUGGGGGAUAUGGUGGCCAAAUAUCCCAUGAUUCGUACAACUUGGAUGGCAUGUUUGGCCCGAGUGGAUUUAGUGGAUUUGGACAGCCAAGCUUCAACUAUCAAUUCCAUGGGAAUGGCGAUUACUCAGCUUGGGGCUCUAAUGUUCUCGACCGAAGCAAGCCACAUUAUGGUGACUACUAUCGUGAUAUGUAUGGUGACGACCGCUCGGGACUUAGGGGUGUUGAACAGGGAAUGCAAGGACUUGCUCUAGGGCCAGCAGAUCCAUCAGGAGUGGUUGGUGGUGCACGGGGAUACUCAAAGGAAGGGAUUUCUGGUGGCUCCAGUGGUGUUAAAUCGAGCAACGACGUCGGGAUCGGAGUGCAAAAGAAGCAGCUCACUUGGGCCUCCAUAGCAUCCCAGCCUGCUAAAUUGAGUGGUAGUGGAAGUAAAAGUAACAAAGGAGGUGUGAAAGGUGGUUUAGCUGGAAUGGUUCCUACUGGACUCCCUGGCUCUAUUGGUACCUGGGAUAGCUCUGGGAAAGGGGGCCUUGUUGGGAAGAACAUCCCAGGAAUCAUGCCUCCACCUCCACCUGCUCCCCGUCCUGCGUGGGGUCCUUCCCGUGGUGGACGUGGGGCAACUUCAGCCUCUGCUCCACAUGUUGUUGGCAACAUGGGUCCAAUGCGUGGAGGACCGCCUUAUGGGAUGCCAUCGCCUGGUGCAGUGGUGAGCUCUGGAGGUGGACAGGCUCCUGCAUCUGGGGAUGUUGUUGUGGCCGGCCAGGCGCAGGCUCCUGCUCAAUCCCAUCCCAUUCUUGAUGAACUUCGCAUGCGGAAUGAAUACAACCCGAAGGAAUACGAUUUGAAUCCAAAGGGAGGACGUUUUUUCGUCAUCAAGUCCUACAGUGAAGAUGACAUACAUCGCUCCAUCAAGUAUGAGAUUUGGUGUUCUACUGAACAUGGGAACAAGCGACUGGAUUCAGCAUUUCGUGAGAGGGAGGAAAAGGGACCGAUCUAUCUCUUCUAUUCUGUGAAUGGCUCUGGGCAUUUCUGCGGGAUGGCACAGAUGGUGUCCUGUGUGGAUUACAACUCUACGUCUAACGUCUGGGCGCAGGAUAAAUGGAAGGGACAGUUUAAGGUAAAGUGGAUCUACGUCAAGGAUGUGCCCAACACCCAGUUACGUCAUAUUCGCCUAGAGAACAACGAGAACAAGCCAGUGACCAACAGCAGGGACACACAGGAGGUUCCCUAUGAGAAGGGGAAGCAAGUGCUAAAAAUUAUGCAUCACUACAAACAUACUACGAGCAUCUUCGAUGAUUUCAUUCACUAUGAGAAACGCCAGGAGGAGGAAGAGCAACGCAGACAGUCAACUCAGGGCAGUGGGAAUCAUCCUCCCGGACUCCCCAAAGAAGACGGCGAAAGGGGCCGAGGAGCUCGCAAGACUGGUGGCAGCAAUCGGCCUCGAAACGACUAG